CAUACGACGGCAUCAAGAAAGGAGAGCAAUUUUGACCCCCGUUUUGACAGAUUUUUCUGUCCGAAUAACUGGAGCUCCUGCCAUUAUUUUUACCAGAAUAAUUUCUCCAGAAAAUUUGCAUACUGAGGAGACUUUAGUGUGUGGCCAUUCCUUGGAAGUGAAUAUAACUACAAACCUGGACUUCUUCCUAAGUGUGGCUCAAGUUCAACUCUUACAUCAGUUAAUAGUAGCAAAUAUGACUGGACUGGAACCAUCAAACAAAACCACAGAGAUCUCUAAACAAGAGCAGAAAAAAAUGGAUACAUUUGAUGGAGGCGUGGCUGAAACCUCAUCUCGGUACAGUGGUGCUCAGGAUAGUGGAAUUGGCAGCGACAGUGUGAAAAUCAGAAUAGUACAAAUAGAGCAACACAGCGGUGCCAGUCAGCAUCGCAUUGCCCGUCCUUCACGCCAGUCUACAAUUGUAAAAAAUCUAAAUUUUAUUCCCUUUGACAUAUUUAUUACUGCAAGUAGAAUCUCACUAAUGACCUAUUCCUGUAUGGCCUUAUCCAAAUCAAAAUCACAAGAGCAGAAGGAUAAUGAAAAAAUGGGCAAGAGUUCAUUAAAUCUCCCAGAAACUGAUUCAGAUGUUGCUAAGCCCAACCAGGCAUGUAUUUCCACGAUGACAGCAGAAGAUCUCUUAAGCAGCCGCAUUUCUUUUCCUUCGGGGAAGAAAAUAGGGGUCCUCUCUCUUGAAAGUCUUCACGCAUCCACAAGGUCAUCAGCUAGACAAGCACUUGGUAUAACCAUUGUGCGGCAGCCUGGUCGCAGAGGAACCGGUGACUUACAGCUAGAACCUUUUCUGUACUUUAUUGUGUCCCAACCUUCCUUGUUUCUGAGCUGUCACCACAGAAAGCAGCGAGUGGAAAUAUCCAUUUUUGAUGCUGUGCUUAAAGGGGUAGCCUCUGAUUACAAAUGUACAGAUCCCGGGAAGACUCUGCCUGAAGCCCUUGAUUACUGUACUGUUUGGCUGCAGACAGUGCCUGGAGAAAUAGAUAGCAAAAGUGGUAUUCCACCUUCUCUUGUAACGCUACAAAUUAAAGACUUUCUUAAUGGACCAGCGGACAUCAAUUUGGAUAUAUCAAAGCCUUUGAAAGCAAACCUGAGUUUUACCAAACUGGAUCAGAUAAAUCAUUUUUUGAAGAAGAUAAAAAAUUCACACGGCUUUGCACAUAGCAGAGAGACGUCAGCCCAGUCAGACUCCAUAGUGAAUAAAGAUGAGCUUCCAGUCUCCAAAUGUUACCGUGGAAAGUUUUCUAAACCUCAAGUUCAUAGUGAUGGAGUACAAAAGAUGUCAGUUCAAGAAAACAUGUGGAGAGCUGUUUCCUGCUUUCAAAGAAUUUCUGUCCAAACUACUCAGAUUGUCAUCUCCAUGGAAACAGUCCCACAUCCUAGUAAACCAUGCCUGUUAGCAUCUCUAUCAAACCUCAACGGAAGCCUUAGUGUCAAAGCAACACAGAAAGUACCUGGCGUAAUUCUUGGGUCAUCAUUUCUACUCAGCAUAAAUGAUUUUCUCCUUAAAACAAGUCUCAAAGACAGAAGUCGGAUUCUGAUAGGACCAUGUUGUGCUACUGCCAAUCUGGAAGCUAAAUGGUGUAAGCACAGUGGCAAUCCAGGCUCAGAACAAUCCAUACCAAAAAUAUCCAUUGAUUUAAGAGGAGGUCUGCUACAGGUCUUCUGGGGUCAAGAACAUUUGAAUUGUUUAGUUCUUCUGCAUGAAUUACUCAAUGGCUACCUUAAUGAGGAGAGAAAUUUUGAAGUACAAGUUUCUGAACCAGUGCCACAAAUACCAUCACCUAUGGAAAAGAACCAGACAUUUAAAAGUGAACAAAGUUCAGAUGACUUACGGACAGGUCUAUUUCAGUAUAUACAAGAUGCUGAAUCUUUGAAACUGCCUGGUAUCUAUGAAGUUUUAUUUUGUAAUGAAACUGAAGAUAGCCCAGGGAUGAUGUUAUGGAGAUAUCCAGAACCUAGAGUGCUCACCCUUGUGCGAAUAACUCCUGUGCCUUUCAACACCACGGAGGAUCCAGAUAUUAGCACAGCAGACCUGGGUGAUAUGCUACAGGUUCCUUGUAGUUUGGAAUACUGGGAUGAACUCCAGCAGGUGUUUGUUGCAUUUCGAGAAUUUAGUCUGUCUGAAAGCAAAAUUUGUGAACUGCAGUUGCCAGAUAUCAAUCUUGUGAAUGACCAGAAGAAACUAGUAUCCUCAGAUCUUUGGAGAAUUGUCUUGAAUAACAGUCAAAAUGGAGCCGAUGACCAAAGCUCUGCAAGUGAAUCUGGUUCUCAAAGCACUUGUGAUCCACUUGUAACUCCAACAGCCCUGGCUGCCUGUACCAGAGUCGACUCCUGCUUUACCCCAUGGUUUGUCCCAUCCCUUUGCCUUUCCUUCCAAUUUGCUCACCUGGAGUUCCGUCUUUGUCAUCACCUUGAUCAACUAGGCACAGCUACACCACAGUACCUAAAGCCAUUUAUUUCUGAUAGAAAUGUGCCAUCUGAGCUAGAAUAUAUGAUUGUUUCCUUCAGAGAACCACACAUGUAUCUUCGACAGUGGAAUAAUGGUUCUGUCUCUCAGGAGAUCCGGCUCUCAGCUCAAGCAGACUGCAGACUUCUAGAGUGCAGAAAUGUCACUAUGCAAAGCGUGGUAAAACCCUUCAGCAUCUGCGGACAGAUUGCAGUUUCCAGCGAUGCAGUAGAAAAGUUGCUUGACUGCACCAUGAUAGUUGACUCCAUAUUUGUAAAUGUUGGACAGCAUGUUGUCCAUUCUCUAAACACUGCAGUACAAGCUUGGCAACAGAACAAAUGCCCUGAGGUAGAGGAGUUGGUCUUCAGCCAUUUUGUGAUCUGUAAUGACACACAGGAGACACUGCGGUUUGGCCAGGUGGAUACUGAUGAAAAUAUUCUGCUGGCGAGUCUCCACAGUCACCAGUACAGCUGGCGCUCCCACAAAUCCCCACAGCUGUUACACAUCUGUAUUGAAGGUUGGGGCAACUGGCGUUGGUCAGAGCCUUUCAGUGUGGACCAUUCCGGAACUUUCAUUAGAACAAUUCAGUACAAGGGUCGAACUGCUUCACUCAUCAUCAAGGUUCAGCAACUCAAUGGAGUGCAAAAACAGAUCAUCAUCUGUGGAAGACAAAUCAUCUGUAGUUACUUGUCUCAGAGCAUAGAACUAAAAGUUGUUCAGCAUUAUAUUGGUCAAGAUGGACAAGCUGUGGUUCGGGAACAUUUUGACUGCCUCAUGGCCAAACAAAAAUUGCCUUCAUACAUACUGGAAAACAAUGAACUGACAGAGUUAUGUGUAAGGGCCAAAGGAGAUGAAGACUGGUCAAGAGAUGUGUGCUUGGAAUCCAAAGACCCUGAGCAUAGCAUUGUCAUCCAGGUGCCAUCUUCAAACAGUUCCAUUAUUUAUGUUUGGUGCACAGUUUUGACUUUAGAACCCAACUCUCAAGUGCAACAACGAAUGAUUGUGUUCAGCCCUCUUUUUAUCAUGAGGAGUCAUCUUCCAGACCCCAUUAUCAUACAUUUGGAGAAAAGGAGUCUGGGAUUGAGCGAAACACAAAUUAUUCCUGGAAAAGGGCAAGAAAAACCACUGCAAAACAUAGAACCUGACCUUGUACAUCACCUAACAUUCCAAGCAAGAGAAGAAUAUGAUCCUUCAGAUUGUGCCGUUCCCAUAUCAACAUCACUGAUUAAGCAAAUAGUCACUAAGAUACACCCUGGAGGCACAGUUAAUCAGAUCCUUGAUGAAUUCUAUGGACCAGAAAAGUCCUUUCAACCCAUGUGGCCCUAUAAUAAGAAGGAUUCUGACAGGAAUGAACAGCUGAGUCAGUGGGAUAGCCCAAUGCGAGUGAAGCUGUCAAUCUGGAAGCCAUAUGUUAGAACCUUGUUGAUAGAACUUCUUCCCUGGGCCCUGCUUAUCAAUCAAUCCAAAUGGGACCUCUGGCUGUUCGAAGGAGAGAAGAUUGUGCUACAGGUUCCCGCUGGCAAAAUUAUUAUUCCUCCUAAUUUCCAGGAAGCUUUUCAAAUUGGAAUAUACUGGGCAAAUACAAACACUGUGCACAAGUCAGUAGCAAUUAAACUGGUCCAUAACUCGACAUCUCCAAAAUGGAAAGAUGGAGGUAAUGGUGAAGUUGUGACAUUGGACGAAGAAGGUUUUGUUGAUGCUGAAAUAAGACUUGGUGCUUUCCCGGGACAUCAGAAGUUAUGUCAGUUCUGCAUUUCCUCCAUGGUACAGCAAGGUAUACAAAUCAUUCAGAUUGAAGACAAGACUACAAUAAUCAAUAAUACAUCAUAUCAAAUAUUUUAUAAGCCACAGUUAUCUGUCUCCAGUCCCUACUCUGGACAGGAGUAUUUUCACGUUCCAGACAGUGCUACUUUUAGCAUUUGCCCAGGUGGAGAGCAGCCUGCUAUGAAAUCCAGCUCCCUUCCUUGCUGGGACUUAAUGCCUGACAUCAGUCAGUCGGUGUUGGAUAUAUCCCUGUUUCAGAAACAGAUCUUGCUGGGCUUUUCUCCUGGCACAGGUGCCGACAGUUCACAGUGCUGGAGCCUGCCAGCAAUAGUUAGACAAGAGUUUCCCAGACAGAGUGUGGCCGUGCCCUUCGGGGAUUUCAGGGAAAAUGAAUUCUGUACCAGGGCUAUAGCACUGACAUAUCAAGAACAUUUCGGAGUAACUUAUUUAACCCUCUCAGAAGACCCUAGUCCUCGAAUAAUUGUCCACAACAGAUGUCCAGUAACAAUGCUUAUGAAGGAAAAUAUUAAAGAUAUUCCAAAGUUUGAGGUUUAUUGCAAAAAAAUUCCUUCUGAGUGCUCAAUUCAUCAUGAGCUCUAUCAUCAGAUUUCCAGCUAUCCAGACUGCAAAACCAGAGACUUACUUCCAAGCCUCCUUUUGAGAGUAGAGUUGCUGAAUGAAAUAACAACUGAGUGGAGUGAUGCCCUCGACAUCAACAGUCAGGGAACACAGGUUGUGUUCCUGACUGGCUUUGGCUAUGUGUAUGUGGACAUUGUCCAUCAGUGUGGCACAGUCUUCAUCACUGUGGCCCCAGAAGGAAAAGCAGGACCUAUUUUAACCAAUACCAACAGAACUCUGGAGAAGACAGUUACAUUUAAAAUGUUCAUCACUCAGAUGAGCCUGGCAGUGUUUGAUGAUCUCACUCACCACAAAGCAUCCGUUGAGCUUCUGAGACUCACACUGGACAAUAUUUUUCUCUGCUUGGCCCCAGGGGCUGGUCCCUUCCCUGGGGAAGAGCCUGCAGCUGCCCUCUUUGAACUAUACUGUGUGGAAGUCUACUGUGGGGACCUUCAACUGGACAACCAGCUUUACAGCAAAUCUAAUUUCCAUUUUGCAGUCUUGGUCUGCCAGGGAGAAAAAACAGAACCUAUUCAGUGUUCUAAAAUACAGAGUCUCCUCAUAUCCAGCAAAGAUUUGGAAGAAUACAAAGAAAACUGUUUUAUCAAACUUUGUAUUACUUUAUCUGAGGGCAAGAGCUUCUUAUGUGAUAUCAACGAGUUCAGUUUUGAACUGAAACCUGCCCGGUUAUACGUGGAAGAUACAUUUGUGUACUAUAUUAAGACUCUGUUUGACACUUACCUUCCUAGCAGCAGGCCAGCUGGUCACUCCAUGCACGUCUCCAGGGGUAGACAGGUGUUACCUGAGCUGGUCACACAGCAUGCAAGGGCCUUGGUGAACCCUGUGAAAUUACGGAAAUUGGUGAUCCAGCCAGUGAAUUUGCUCGUCAGCAUCCAUGCAUCCCUCAAGCUGUACAUAGCCUCUGACCACACUCCUCUCUCCUUCUCGGUGUUUGAACGAGGACCCAUCUUCACCACUGCAAGGCAACUCGUGCAUGCUCUGGCGAUGCACUACGCCGCUGGGGCCCUUUUUAGAGCAGGCUGGGUGGUUGGGUCUCUGGAGAUCCUCGGCAGCCCGGCAAGCCUGGUGAGAAGCAUCGGAAAUGGAAUCGCUGACUUCUUCAGGCUUCCCUAUGAGGGCCUGACCCGAGGCCCAGGAGCCUUCGUGAGCGGCGUCUCCAGAGGGACAACAUCAUUUGUAAAGCACAUUUCCAAAGGUACCCUCACGUCCAUCACCAACCUGGCCACCAGCCUGGCCCGGAACAUGGACCGGCUCUCGCUGGACGAGGAGCACUACCACCGGCAGGAGGAGUGGCGGCGGCAGCUUCCUGAGAGCCUGGGCGAGGGGCUCCGACAAGGCCUGUCCCGGCUGGGCAUCAGCCUGCUCGGUGCAAUUGCUGGUAUAGUGGAUCAGCCCAUGCAGAACUUCCAGAAAACAUCUGAGGCACAGGCUUCCGCAGGACACAAGGCCAAGGGUGUUAUCUCGGGUGUGGGGAAAGGAAUCGUGGGCGUGUUCACAAAGCCCAUCGGGGGAGCCGCUGAACUUGUGUCGCAGACUGGCUACGGUAUUUUACAUGGAGCUGGACUUUCUCAGCUUCCCAAACAGCGCCAUCAGCCAAGUGAUCUACGUGCUGACCAGGCUCCAAAUAGCCAUGUCAAAUAUGUCUGGAAAAUGCUACAGUCUCUGGGCAGACCAGAAGUUCACAUGGCCCUGGAUGUGGUUCUGGUGAGGGGCUCAGGCCAGGAGCAUGAAGGGUGCUUACUGCUGACAUCAGAAGUGCUCUUCGUGGUGAGUGUCACCGAAGACACACAGCAGCAGGCCUUCCCCAUCACCGAGAUCGACUGUGCACAGGACAGCAAGCAAAACAACCUGCUCACUGUGCAGCUCAAGCAGCCAAGAGUGGCCUGUGAUAUGGAGGUGGAUGGAAUCCGAGAGCGACUGUCAGAGCAACAGUACAACAGACUCGUGGACUACAUCACCAAGACAUCUUGUCACCUGGCCUCCAGCUGUUCUUCCACACAAGCCCCGUGCCCUGUGGUGGCUGUAGAACCUCCCCCCUCCACUGUUAGAACAUACCAUUAUUUGGUGGAUCCACAUUUUGCUCAUAUCUUCGUUAGUAAAUUUACCAUGGUGAAAAAUAAAGCCCUCAGGAAAGGGUUCCCUUGAGUCCCUCUGAGGUGUUGACUCCUGCUUGGGCAAUUUGUAUGAUUUAGACUGUGGUUCUUUUUGAGACGGGCUCCCACUAUGUUGCCCAUAAUGGCCUCAAAUUCUUAGGCUCAAGCAAUUCAUGCCACCUUGGCAUGUGCCACCAUGCCAAGCUGCAGUUUAUUUUUUAAAAAGGAAAACUAAUUAACAUCCAACAUGGACACAAGGCUAAUACUUUGAUAAUUUUGGUAUUAUUAACUCAGACUCUCCUCCCUAAAGCAAAGAUACUUUAAAGUGGAGUGACAAAAAACAUGUUCCUUUCCCACUUGGAGACAAUGACUAACAGAAUCCUAUAUGUUGUAUUCUUAACCACACAUAGAAAAUGCAUUCCUUUUUGCUCUGUGACAUUUGCAAAAAUUUCCACUAUAACUUGGAUCAAUUAACUCUCUACUCCAACACAAAAUGUGGUCAGGUCUUUGACUGGAGAGCCAAAGUUAAAACUCCAUCCCCAGUUGCAUCUGUUUUUGGGCCAAGAUACCAUCUCUGCUUCAGACCCCCCCUUGUCUGAAAAGAUCUGGAUUCUUUCAAUGAAACGACAUGCUUAAGACUUUGUAGUUCAACUUGCUACAUUUGUCACUUAACUGCAAUGCUAAAGCCAGUAUGUAUAGUCUCUCUAAAGUCUGCAUUUUACUAAAAUGUACAAAACAGUCUGAUUACUAUGCAGGUGCAUUUUGAAGAAAGUGUUUUUUCCAGAUUGUGUUUUACUAGGCAAGCUUAGAGAAGAUAUUUUGUGUUUACCAAUGAAAACAGUCCCAAAGUGCUCAGGUGAGUUUCUUCAGUUCUAAAAAGGGAAUUCCCUGGUUUACUGUAGGGAAGUCAAGAACCCCAACAUUAAGACUAACAAUGACACCAGUUCAGAUCGUCUAUUCAAGCUGAACUGACUGAAAGCAUGAAGAUACUCCAGUGUGUGUUAAUACUAUUUUGCAGCUAAGAAUGGGUUUGACAUAAGAUCCUGGGCCACCAGAUAUCGUAAAUAUUCAGUAAAUAUCUCACAGUCCAAUUAAUUAACUUAGAACAUGAUUACAUUCAAACUUGGGUCUACAGCUCGUUACCUACAAUUGCGAUGCUUAACGUGACUUUCACAUGCUGUUAAGAAAGUCACUACAACUGUAACUGGAAAGCAAGACUUACUGGGCAACCCAGACUGAGCAUGAAAAAUGGUUUGUUCAUUAGUUCUGUUGUGUAGUACGCAUUUAGGAAAGUGAGUUUUGUCAACCUCAAGAGUAACUAUUUUCAAGAUUAUAAAUAUGUAUUAAUUCUUUUCUCUUUUAUGGUGAUUUUACAUUUCGCUUCUAAAAAUUGUAUAUAUAAAAUUGUUUAAAAUAAAAGAUACCCUUG